UUUACAGAAUCUCCUGCAGAACCAGAGCCUUCAGUGCUGAGAGGCAGUCAUGACUGAUCAAGAACCUGAUGAUAAAAUGGACUUCCAAAUGGAAUUCCACUCAGACACAGAAGAAACUGACAGCAAAAUGAGUGAAGAUCAUGAAAACCACAACUCCAAUGCAGACCUGGGUGAAGAUCAGACCACUCACCUGAAUCAAGAGGCAAACGAGUCAAACACAACAAACACAAAAAAGAAAACAAUAAAUGAAUAUGAAUUAGCAGAAGAUGGAUCAACUUGUGAAGAAAAGAAAAAGCUUGAAAUGAUAAAAUCACAGGAACUGUUGAUCAGAAUGAAUCUUAAUGAAAAGCACAAAGAAAAAAUGAAAAUAUCAGAUGUUCUUCAAAUAACUUCACAUUCAUUACACUGGAAGGAGCCUUGUCCAGAGAAGGACUUAGUGGAAACCUUUCUACAAAGGAUACUAAUGGUGGACUACAGAGCAAGGUACAUUACACCUGAGGAAGACUCCAGCAGUUCUGAACACACUCACUUAAACACAGGAGAUGAAGAAGACAAUGAUGACUUUGCUGAUUUUUUGUUGAAGACAGAAUCUUUGGACAGUGAAACCCAUAAAUGUCCUGUUCACCCCAUGGAUGUCCAGCUGGCAGUGUUCCACUGCUCUGAUCAUUUCCUAAAGCAGCUAAUAGUGAUUAAGCUAGCUCAGUGUCAGUACGCUCUGCCUCUGCUGGUGCCCAAUCCCUUCACCGGAGAGAUCGAGUUUCCUCUCUGGACUUUUCGCCAAAUCAGAAAAAGCUGGAAGACCACUGUUCUUCUGGAAGACACCUCUAUUGAGAUCAGUCAAACCCAGGCCAUGUCUGAAGCACAAACUCCAAUGGUGGCUUUCUUCAGACUCGGCCUUGUAUCUUCAUCCAAGUCUCAGUUGAUGAACAGCUUAAUCAAUGAAAAACAUCACACAUUCUUUCACAGACACUGUCCAGGAAGCAGCACAAACCGGCUUCUGAUGGAUGGAGUGGUGGAGAUUGCAUGGUUUUGUCCAUCAGGGAAGGAAACUGAUUAUUUCUCUGACUGUGUGGCGUUCUGUAAUCUCCAUGGUGAUGCAGAAACUAAUAAACAGCAACUGGAAAUCCUGACUGAAAUGUCCUCAGUGAAUGUUGUACUUAUGUCUAAUCCUGAAAAAGCAGCAUAUAACAAGAUCCUACAGAAGCUCUUCAGAGACUCCAAACCACUGAUCUGUCUACUUUCUGAGGACAAAUCAGGCAUCAGUGUGUUUAAGAAUGGAAAAUACAGAAUUGGUCUUAAAGACAGAAAUCAGGCAGAUAUAGCAAAGAAUCUCAGAACAACCAUUAAAGAGUGUCUUUCAAAGUCAUUAUCAACUUUCAGACUUGAAGAUCUGAACAAACCUGAAUUCAUUACAAAAGAUGAAGAUGAUCCUGAAUGUGAGAGAGGGAAAGAAGCUGCAGUGAAGAUCAUGAGCCUGUUAAAGGGAAAUGAAGUUUCCAAAUUAAAGGAAAGAUUUCUGCCCUGUCAGGGGAAGUUAUGGCAUGCCUGGUGUGAGAUGAACAAAGACCUGCAUCGACUUCAUGGGGACAACUUAGAGGAUCAAAAGGCUGCAAAACAAAAAAGAAUGAAGCAAAUCCGUGAAGAGCAGCAUAAACACAGACUCUCUGGUCUUAUGGAACAGUUCAUCUCCUCACUGUUCUGUCUAGGAGAAAAUGAAAGAUUAUUCUAUUUAAAAUGGAUUGGGAUUCUCCUGGACAAACGCACCUCAGAUGAUCUUUCAGAGCUUUAUGGCAAGUACAAUGAAAAGUGGAAGGCAGUUUUAGACCUGAAGAAGAAACAUGAUAAAUCGUAUCAAAUGAAGGAGGAACAAAAAAAACUGGAGGCAAUUUCAGAAAAAUUGAAUGCAGCAACGUUUGGUUUGGAACACAUCCUCAGAGAGAUGGGUCAAAUAUACGAGUCUUUUAUUUCUGUACCAAAACCCAAGGAACGAUCUAAAGAAAAAACCUUCACCUCUCUCCCCAAGCUUGCAGCAGAACUCCUGAAAUCUGGUCAUCCACUGGAGCUGAUGGAUGGAGAUGCUGCUCAUGUUCCUCUGAUAUGGGUUUCAGCAGUUCUAGAUGAACUUGUGAAGAUACUGGGAGAUCAGAGAGUGUUUGUUCUGUCAGUUUUGGGGAUUCAGAGCUCUGGGAAAUCCACCAUGCUCAAUGCCAUGUUUGGACUCCAGUUUGCUGUCAGUGCUGGAAGGUGCACCAGAGGAGCCUUCAUGCAGCUGGUCAGAGUGUCAGAGGAGAUGAAGGAAGAGCUGAAGUUUCACUACAUUCUAGUUGUAGAUACUGAAGGACUUCGAGCACUUGAGCUUGCAGGAAAAUCCACUCGACAUCAUGACAAUGAACUUGCUACAUUCGUUGUUGGUCUUGGAAACCUGACCUUGAUCAAUAUCUUUGGAGAGAACCCUGCUGAGAUGCAGGACAUCCUUCAGAUUGUUGUUCAGGCCUUUCUGAGGAUGAAGAAGGUCAGACUGAAUCCCAGAUGCAUGUUUGUCCAUCAGAAUGUUGGAGACAUCACUGCUGGAGAGAAAAACAUGGAAGGAAGGAGACGUUUACAGGAGAAACUGGAUGAAAUGACCAAGCUAGCAGCUAAAGAAGAAGACAGUGAAGCUGAUUGUUUCAGUGAUGUUAUUGAAUUCAAUGUACAAGAUGAUGUGUAUUAUUUUGCACAGCUCUGGGAGGGCAGUCCACCAAUGGCACCACCAAACCCUUCAUACAGCAGAAAUGUCCAGGAUCUAAAGAGAGCCAUUUUCAAAAAAGCUACUCUGUCUAGUGGUCUCACUCUCUCACAGUUUAAAUCACGCAUUAGUGAUCUCUGGAAUGCAUUAAUCAAUGAGAACUUUGUGUUUAGCUUCAAAAACACACUGGAGAUAGCAGUGUACAGAAAACUGGAGAAUGAGUUUGGAAAAUGGACCUGGACCAUCAGAAGUGCCAUGUUAACAAUUGAAGAAAAUCUUUACAACAGAAUUGAAAAUGAAAAACUUUUAGAAAUUAAAGAAAAUGAUUUUUAUUCUCCCAUGAAAAAGACCAAAGAGGAAGUGGACAAAUCAAUGAAGGGUUUCUUUGAAAAGGACAAAGACAAAGACAUUUUAAUUCAGUGGAGAGCGAGAUGUGAAAUGAAAAUCACAGAUCUUUAUAAAGACCUCAUCAGAAACACCAAACAGAAUGUGAAUGAAGUUAUACAACAGCAACAGACACGAGAGACUUUUGAACUACAAAGCACACAAAAAAAAUAUGACACAAAACUGUUCAAUCUGAGCAAAAACCUCGCUCUGAAACUCAAAGGUGAAACUACUGAUGAAGAAGUUCUUAAAAAUGAGUUUGACAAAUUGUGGGACAGAUGGGUCAGUGAGAUGACACGAGACACACCUCCAGAGAGAACUUUUCAUUUCUGGAAAGAUGCUGUACAGAUUCUGUCUUUGAGUAAUGAACUAGCUUCUGUGUGUGAACGGAAAUCUCUGCUACACUACAAACAAAUUGACAGACGGGCAGAUUAUUACCCUUACAUUUCAAAACUCAGAAGACAGAAGUUCAUUCAUUACGUCCCUGGCAUGAAUCAACUUUCUUUUGAAGAGAAUAAGUUAGUAAGAACUCUGGCCAUAAAUGUGAUCAGAGAAACUGAGGGAUUAAUCAAGAAGAUAUGUACUAAAAUCACAAGACUGGGGUACAAAGACAGCUAUAUACAGGAAAUAACAGACCAGGUCAAGAAGAGAGUUGAACAUCAUCAGAGUGAGAACCAGAGAUUUAAGUUCAACAAGCAGUUCACUCUGGAUCUCUGUCUUCAUGUGUGUGAACUUAUGGAUCAGAGAUUUACUGAGAGCCAUAAACAAUUCAGGGAUGCAAAUGAUCCAAGAGUUUAUCUGUCCAAGAAGAAACCACAGUAUUACAGUGUCUUUAAAAACUACUGCAGAGGAGCAACAACAACAAAAGUGUUUGGUGAACUGAUCUGCAGUAACCUGAGAGAAUCCAUCCUGCAAGCAGUUUAUAAUAAAACUGCCAUAGAUUUGGCAUCACAGAUCAGAUCCAACAUGCCAGAGUUUAAUGGUAACAGAUCAAACCUUGAGAAACACAUCCUGCAAUGUCUUGCAGAAGAGGAGGACUUUGAGAAGUACAGAGAGUACAUUCAUAAUCCCAGACAGCACUUUGAACACUUCAUUACAGAGAAGGUUAAUAAGUACAUUACUGAGGAGAAGAACACGGUUCUGAACCUUUUUAAAGAAAGUCUAAAAGAGAAAGGGCAGAGAGUAAGAAAUGCUGUUCACACUGUAACUGAAGAGGUCAAGACCAGCUGUGGUGAUGCUCACAUGUGGCUGAGAAGUUUCACCAGAUCACUAACAGAGGAAAUGAGCUUAAAAGAAAUAACCUUCACUGAUCAUAAAGACAUUAAAGACUUUGAUUUUCUACAGCAGCUUGUUAGUGAUGGUCUCACUGACAUGAUGUCAGAGCUAGAGGAAAACUUUAAAGAUGUAAAAGACAUCAAAAUGGAAAAGUUCAGGAAGAAACCAGAUGAGAUUCUGAUUGAACAUCUCUGUAAAUGCUGCUGGGUUCAGUGUCCAUUCUGUAAAGCCAUCUGUACCAACACAAUUGAGAAACAUGAUGGAGAUCACAGUGUCCCCUUUCACAGGGUAGAUGGUAUUAACGGGUGGCAUUACAGAGGCACAACAAAUCUCUGCUCUAGUUUCUGCACAACACUUGUGCAAAGUGACACGUCGUUCUACCCAGGUCAUGAUACAGACGUGUCUGUUCCUUACAAAUCAUACAGAACAGCAGGAGGAGUUUAUGCGACCUGGAGCAUCACCCCUGAUAAUUCACUGCUCGUAUACUGGAAAUGGUUUGUGUGCAGAUUCCAGACAGAGCUGGAAAAGUACUAUGAGAAAAUAUUUGAGGGUUAUGGUGAGAUUCCCAGAGACUGGAGAAGGUUCACUAAAGAACAAGCUAUUGAGAGUUUGGAUGAAUAUAUCUGAUGAAAGACACAACUCUUCUAAACAGAACCUUGAAGAAACAUCAACUUUAUCAUGAAGCAGUUAUAAAUAGAGAAACUCAGUCUGUAAUAGAGACAGCAGAAGUACAUAAAAUAUUAUCAGGACACAGUUAUUACAUUAUACUCAGAAUAAUCUUUAUUUACACUAUAAUACCUUUUCUCUUUCUUUUUCUGCUUCCUUUAAAAAUUAAUGAAGUUAUAUCAUUGAAAAUAUUAAUCCUAGAAUAUGCAAGAUUAUGAUUAGAUUUUUUUUGUUCUUGUUUUAGGUGGUACUACUAAUAAACAAUAUUAAAAUAUAUUUUAUUUCUCUGGGCUUCAGAAAUACUUGAUCAUUUAUUCACCAGAGGAGUGGAACAUAAAGUGAGAGACUCUGCUGCAGCUUUUUAUUCUCAUAUCUAAUAUGGGCAGUGGUGGCUCAAGCGGUUAAGGCUCUGGGUUGUUGACUGGAAGAUCAGGGGUUCAAGCCCCAGCACCGCCAAGUUGCCACUGUUGGGCCCUUGAGCAAGGCCCUUAACCCUCUCUGCUCCAGGGGCGCCGUAUCAUGGCUGACCCUGCGCUCUGACCCCAACCUCCAAGGAUGGGAUAUGCGAAGAAAGAAUUUCACUGUGCUGUAAUGUAUAUGUGACAAAUAAAGGCUGUUUCUGUAAUAUUAUAUCCUGUAUUAACUAUAGAUAAAAUUCCUAGUACUGAGGAUUACCCUAGAGUAAUGCACAUAAAAUUUAUUCAAUUAUAGUUUGUUCUUUAUUGAUAGAUACAAUAAAAGAAUAUG